AUGGCUCAUUGCUUGGUAAAGGCCGUCCAGACGAUGGCGGAAGACCACCCAGCAAUUACUUCGCUGCAUCGAGCCACGUACGGCAUGGUAUUCCUUGGCAUCCCACACAAAGGCCUUGUCGUGGAAGAUAUCCAGCAGAUGUUGGCCGGCGAUGGAAAGCAUCCACGCGAGAAACUGUUGCAGCAGAUCUCCAGCAAAUCGGAUCUACUUGUCCACCAACUAGCGGAUUUCAAAAACCUGACCCGGGAUCGAAAAGUGGUCAGCUUCUAUGAGACGGAAGCAGACCAGACAGCUAGUCUUGGACACGGAUUGCCAACGGUGGAAACGCACCGGGGACUUCAUCACGACUGUCAGCGCCGAUUCGGCUCUUCUCCAGCUUCCCGAUCAUGUGGAGGACAAGGUGCCGUUGCAUGCAGAUCACUCAAUGAUGGCCAAAUUCGACAUGCCGAGUGCGGCCUGGUAUCGAACAGCGCUGGACAAGCUACGACAGUUCGCCAAAGAUGCGCCUGCGGUGGUGGCGGACCGCACAGGCGCGUCACCGGCCUCAGCCAUGCUCCACAGUGCCUUUUUAAGAAGGACUUGAUGUUUGUGGGCCGUGAGAUUAUCAUCAGCGCGAUCACAGAAAAGCAUGCAGCAAUCGGCAAGCGUCACGAGCGGGUUGCAUUGGUGGGAUUAGCUGGUGUACUCCGCAAAACACAAAUUGCUAUCGAGUAUUCCUAUCGGCUUCAGCAAAUCGCCACAGUUGCGGAGAUUCCGGGAUGGGACAAUCCGAAGGCGAAUAUCCUGCAGCUUGUUUAUCAGUGGUUGUGUGACGAGAGCAAUGGCCGCUGGAUGAUGAUGUUGGAUAAUGCGGAUGAUGAUCAGAUCUUUUUCUGUAGUGAUGACACAGAAUUAGUCUAG